GCUGAGCGGCCACAUCCUGCAGGUGCGUCCAGUCUGUUCUACCUGUUGUGCCGUCGUGCUGUUCCGUGUUGUGCGCGGUGUUUGAGUAGGGAUGGACGGCGUGACGCAAGCCAAUCUGAUGCAGGUGAGACGGUCAAGAUCACCCGAGCACAACAUGCACCCUACAGAUUUGCGCACGUCGCCUGGCAGCGUCGAUUGCUACUCAACGGAAAACGAGCACCCAUUGGCCCUGUGCCUCCCCAACUCCCAGACUUUGGUCCAGGCGUCCAGGACGCCGCCCCCGCCCUGGAGUCUUCCGACGAAAAAAGGCACCCCGGGCUUAAUUUGCGUGGUUUGCGGCGACACCAGCUCGGGAAAACACUAUGGAAUCCUCGCAUGCAACGGUUGCUCCGGAUUCUUCAAGCGCUCGGUGAGAAGGAAGCUGAUUUACAGCUGUGCAAAAUGAGCGACAACCCCGCAACACAGCUACCAUCAGGCCGGAAACGCUGCGGGACAUGAGCGCUGAGCAGGAGCGGGCGCUGAGAGAAGCUGCGGUAGCUGUUGGCGUUUUCGGGCCUCCAGUGUCGCUUACGAUGGCUCUCUCGCCGGCCGGACGUUACGGCCAAACGUUUCUCCCGCCUCUCCAUCAAAGCGCCAUCACCAGGGAACCGAUGCGCGAACCCAGCCCGAAUAAGGACACGAACGACAACA